AUGGCUGCAAGUGCGGCCAUGGACAUGUUGUCAGCUGCCCCCCUAUGGCGGACUUUGCCUUGUGGCCACAGCUGGCAACCAAGUCAGGAGUUGGUUUCGCGAUCUCGGCAAGAUGAUCCAGAAAGACAGUGGAAACCUGCCAAAUCUGGGCUUUGUCUUGGAGGUGCUGCGCUUCUUGGAGCUUCUUGCAAGAAGCGAAGUCGUGUGAGCCUUCAGGUGCGGCGACGGCAACUCCCCAUUGUAAGAGAGAAGGAAGUCAUCGCAACGAAGCGACUUCCAUUGUGGCAGCUCUCCGACGAGAUGUACAUGGAGAGGCAGCUGGCUCCGGAUCCCAAUCUGUCCUGGACCGAGGUGCGCAGAGCCCAAGCACGCAUGAAGGAGCAGGUCAUCGCACAGCAGUUCCGAGAUUUCAAAAAGAUCGAGCGCGAGCUUGGUGGUUUCCGGCUGCAGCCGCAAUAUCACAUAAGUGAGCUUCGUGCAGGAAUGUGGUUGGAGGGUCGUGUGUCAGCGACACAUGACAAAGGAGUGCUGGUGGAUGUGGGCGCUUACACUGAAAGCGGAGAAUGGGUUGAUGGCUUCCUCCACAUGGGUCAGAUUAAAGACGAUGGAGGCUAUGUCCGCCAGGACAAGAUCAUGAAUUUCGUGCACUUGGGGGAGAGCGUGCGGGUCAGAGUCGUGGAAUGUGUGCCGGCUACUGGGCUUCUGAGACUGUCCAUGCGGCUGGAGGAGGACUUGCCUGAACUAUUCAUGGGCAAGCCCAGACCUUACAGUAUCCACGACAUCGAACAAGGGAUGAAGGUGACCGGCAUUGUGCGCAGAGUCUGGGACAAAUGGGCCCUUGUCGAUAUUGGCUGCGACUGUUUGGCCCGCCUCCACGUGCGAGAACAUCCACGGGAGAGAAACGAGUACGGCUUCUACAAAUGGGACAGACUACACAAAUAUGCCUGGAGUGCUUUUACCCGUGGCGCUCAGCUUGAGCUGUGGGUUGAGAAGAUCAAGUACCAGCGCCAAAUCACCUUAGUGGGCAACAAACCCCCGUCUGCCAAAAUGGCUGACAAGGUCAAAGCAGCACGGAUGACUGGCGCACAAUUCGUUAAAGGUCUCGACAGAGGCGAAGAACGCAUGACACUGGAACAGCAGCGGGACCGAGAAAAGUCCGAAGCAGAGAAGGCUCACUGGAGCCCGUAUGUGCCGCACGUCGAUGAGUGGCUGGAAGAAGCAGCAGAGCCAGAUGAGGAAACAGACAGCUGGGUUGCAAGGACGGAGCGCGAGAUCUUCGAAGAGUUUAGAGAAGAGAAUGGAGAAACCUCCGCGCAGGAGGGCAUCGAGCUAGCCUCCAACUUCGUUGAAGAGGAGUUCGACGAGGCAGAUGAUUUCGGCGAAGAUGAGUUCGCAGAAGACGACUUCGCGGACGAUUCCAGUUAUGUCGCAGAUGAUGUUCCCUUCAGCUUGGGAGCUCCAGGAUUCGAGGAUGACGCGUGGGAGCUCAAUGAUGGCCCCGAGUCCUCUCAAGACGAUAGCUUGCUCUACUGA